CUUCGCAUUAAACCUUCUCCGGGUGCACCGGGUACUGUGUGUUCCCUGGAGGAUACUGGAGCCGCGCGGUGCCGAGAUUUCUAUCAGGGACUCUUUCCCGAGGAAUUUCUCUCGUCUUUUGGAUCCUGUUUCGCGGGGGCUGUUCUGUGUUGUGAUGCGAAAGGGCGCCGUGUGUGCGCUCAUCCUGUUCCACCAGUCUGACUGAUGCUGCUCAUCUGGCAGCAGGUGGUGUGACAUGUGGACCGGGGAAGAAGUCACCGUGAUCCCCCCGUGAUUUCCCCCCCUUGAUUGGCAAUAGACGGUUGGUCCGGGUGCUCGCUCCGGACAUUAGAGGUGAGAAAGUGAGACAGAGGUGAGACAGUCAGCGACUCGGGAUGCUCGGCCAAUCUCCUCACCUUAUCGGGGGCAUCUUGUGGAUCCAGAAUCCAAUGAGAGCUGUUCACUGCAACCUGAGCCAGAAUGGCAUCGACCACCAGAUGUGCCCAGAGGACAUGACAUCGCAGCUGGAAGACGAGGAGGAGUCGGUGGACGCGGGGGCUGUGCUGCUGGACGACGACAGCCCGGGCUACCAGGACGUCAGCCCCCCCAUGUACCAGCGCCGCUCCCCGCCACACCGCUCUGUCUCUGAGUCUGAGCUGACACGGCCGGGGUAUGUGAAGCUGUCCAAGCCGGUGGCCCUGUGGACCCAACAGGACGUUUGCAAAUGGCUGAAGAAACACUGUCCUAAUCAGCACCAGAUCUACAGCGACUCCUUCAAACAGCACGACAUCACAGGGCGGGCUCUAAUGAGAUUGACGGACAGAAAGCUGGAAAGAAUGGGUAUCAUGCAGGAAGUCCAGAGGCAGCACAUCCUGCAGCAGGUCCUGCAGCUCCGUGUCCGGGAGGAAGUCAGGACCCUUCAACUUCUCACACAAGCCUCUCUGGAGUGCACUCCAUCUUCACCAUAGCCCGACGGAGUAGGAUGCCCAGUCACAGAAGGACGCGGACGCCCACCGCCUCGCCAACAUCCACCCAGUAUGUGUCUCCAGACUUCUUCCUGGACCAAUCACAGCUCUCCAUCUCACACCUUUGGUCUCUGUCCUCCACUUCUCCAAAGACUGAUCUAGAAAAAUACCCAUGCCUUCUUUUCUUGCCAGCCACUCCUCAGAAGCUCCCAUGACUUCUGACUCGCUGUUUCCUCGCAGUCUAAACAAUUCCUCACAGCUUCCUGGAGUCUGACUAAUAGUUUCUAUUACAGGCGUCCCAUCUCCGGUCAUUUCUGACCUUUGCAGCCAAACCUCCACCAGACCUCUCAAACUAUAACUCCUAUACUCUUCAUAUACCCCUUCACUCCCUCUCCCUCAAGAACAACGCCAAUAGCCAACCCUCUCCCAACCCCCAUCUACCCAGAAUCCAAUGUUUACCUGGGCUGGGUUUCCUGAAAGCAUUUCAACACAGUGAUACCAAUGCCUUGUGGUUGGACAAUAGUUUUAUGUGUGUGUGCUAUUUUGCCUUUAGGGAACGUAUCCCAAAACGAUACCCCCACUCUUACAGUAAAGAGUGACACCUGCAGUAUAAUCCACAGUCUCUUGGUCUGUUUGUGGCGUUUUAGCUCCUUCAUCGUGGCGCACUAACGUGUAUUAUCCUGUGAAUACGCUUGUGGUGCACUGCUGAGCCUGGCUCUGCCCUACUAAGGAUGUUUGGUAAUGGCAGCAAAACAAGGCUGCCUGCAAGACACCCCUCCUUCCCUUACUCUCCCUUCUUAUCUCCUCACACACAUUAUUGCAACAACUGCAAGAGGGUGACACAUUUUACAAAACCAUGUGUGUGUUUUUGUGCUUUUAGUCUUUCUCAUUCUGUGCAUAAAUCCUGUAAACAAUGUUCAACAAAGCCUAAUGAAGUAUCCAUAUAUCCUACCCUAUUGUGGAUCCCUCUCUUAGGGUAGACAGUAAGACUGAGAGAACUUCACUGUGAAAAUAGUUAGUAGGGGAAUAAACACUGAACCUGGCAUCACAUUAGGUAAGGUUAAGCCAGCUCCAAAAUAUACAACAUUGGUGUGAAAAGCAAUCUGUAGGAGAUGAAGCCGCGCCUGGAAAAAAAAAAAAAGGGAUGAACUACGAGAACGAAAUUCCCUCAGUGUCCCUAAAAUCACUGUGUGAGUAGGUAAACUGAUUUGGCAACGCAAAAGGGGGUGGCUGAAAGAAAAAAGGCGCAGGCAAAGCAAAAGGGCUCAGUGAACCAAGAUAUGCUAUGACUUGAAAUUCUUUACCACUAAUGAGGAGAGAAAAAGAAGAAAAGACAUCACAGAUAACAAAAGAGGAUCCCUUUUCAUUUCAUCCCCUCCGUAUCGCCAACUCUUUAUUGCUUUGUCUGCAUUCCAUAUCACUGCCUGGAACUAUUUUUAGAUAUGAUAUAUGAAAAUUGUGUAGAAAGGAGACGUGCUUUGUGCAGAAGAUCAUCAUGGAAAUGUUACAUGUCAGUCUUGUAGGAAGGUACACUGUAUCCUUUUUAUCUCUGAUGAGAAACUCAAAUCUCUGCUGUCAAUGUAAAUAAUGGCCACUCACUGUUGAUAUUAUAGGUAUUUUAACUGCAUUUAAAGUCACAUGUGUCUGUCAUGAAACAAAACAGCUGUUACUUAGAUCAUCUUCAUCUUCUCCCUUAUGUCUAUGAGUGUAAAUACAUUACAAAAUCCUGUAGCCAGUAUAAUGACCUCUAAAUAUCAGCUGAUGAUUUCAGUGUACUGGAGUGAUAUUUAUCAAAAGCUCAUAUCCACGCUGGUGAAGCACGAGCUGUUGUCACGGUAACAACAUCUUUCCUUUCCUGGACGGGAGCUGUCAAUCAGAGGAGCACAAAAUGUGCUGUUGUGUUAGGAGUAGAGGGAAUAAAAAGGGGGUCAGCGUCGGCCCCUGAGAGCCAUUGCUUUGUAAUGGGUUUCCAUUUGUACACAGGUCCCUCUGUGUCCAGCCAUUCAUUGUUUGGAUAGCAGCCGUAGCCUAACACGGCAAAGACCUGCAAGCAGAUUGAAUAGUAUUGAUCAGGUCUUCAGGACAUACAGUCAGUCCUCCCAGAUUACAAAUGCCUCAAAGACACUCUGUGUGCGUGUGUGGUUGUGCG